GCCAGGCCCUAGUCGCAAUCGCGGCCGCUGCUGGAAGGACUCGGAACCGGGAGUCCGGAGCGGGCAGGUCCGUGCCCGGCGCACACCCAGCGCGCUCACCAUGGAGAUGCAUUUCUUCUUCUCAGAUAAGGUGGUGCUUCUGUUUGAUUUCUGGAAUGUCCACAGCCCUGCAGGCAUGGCCCUUUCUGUGUUGGUGAUCCUGCUCCUGUCUGUGCUAUAUGAAAUCAUCAAGUUUGGCAAAGCCAAGCUUCUCCACCAGAGCCUGGUGAGCAUGCCCACCUCCACCAGCCAGCAGCACGAGGAGUCAGACCAGGGUUCUUCUUCAAGCUCAGAGUUACCCCCAGUCAGCAGACCCCGCCUCAGGUGGUUUCUGAGUCACUUUGGCCAGUCUCUAAUCCACAUCGCUCAGGUGGUCAUCGGCUACUUCAUAAUGCUGGCUGUCAUGUCCUACAACACCUGGAUUUUCCUUGGCGUGGUCCUGGGCUCGGCUGUGGGCUACUACCUAGCCUACCCGCUUCUCAGCACAGCACCCGUAACCCUUACAACUGCAGGAGCGGAGUGAGCAAAUGGAGCAGGGAGGGCUAAGGACCGAGUGUCCAUCUGCUAUGAAGACAACUCUGAGCUCAGGGAAGCCCAGCCCUGAAACACUGGGCCCACAGGCAGGCACUCCACAAUACCAGCCUGAGAGACUGAAAGAAAAAUCAAUUAAAUCAAGUCACAGAAAAUGUUCCUGCGCUAGACCACAGUGCCCACAGGCUCUGGGGGUUGUGACUUGGGCCUGGAGGGCUAAACACUGCAAAAGGAACAGAUCAUGUGCUUAUAGGCUCGGGAACCUGGACUACCAGAUGGGAAAGUCAGGAAACCCAGUAGGAGCACCGUCCUAAGUAUCAAGUGUCAACCUCAGAUGAUGGCUGGUAAUUUAACCUACUUUUGCCCACCCCUGUCUCUGGAUUGCGUUCGCCCAUCUUUCUCCAAAGUGAGAGCACUGACUAUGAGAAAUGUCAUCAUAAAGGAUAAAGAAGAAACUAGAAACUUUUCUAAGCCCUUCAUGCCUUCCUUUUAUUUCCAACGUGCUGUUUCCUAUUACCUGCUCUGAAGCUGCUUGGUCUGUGGACACACGAGCCUUUUUCAAGUGGUGUCUAAGUUUGUCCAGUUCCUCCUGGUAUGACUUGCGAAUUUCAUCCAUCUCCUCCUCAGCCUGACAGCGCUCUUGGGCUGACUUCUUUUUCCUUUCUGAGAGGUUCUUAGGAACAAGAGAACCAUAAUCAGCUCUAGCCAUUUAAUAGAGGAUAAAUGGAGAUGGUGGUAGUGGUGACUGACCUCAAUGAGUCCUUACUCCGUUUCUGAAAACAAUGCAUUUUUUAGUUAA